GACGGAGCGCAAUGACACUUCAUUCUGCCGCUCAAGCCGGUGCAUGGCCACACCAGCGCGCAAGAGGGAGAGGAGGGAAUCCCCGAGUGUCGCCUCUCUCCUGAGCGGGACUCGCAUCCAGACAUAGUUGAACAAGACCAGUCGGAUGCUCGCCAGUUUACAAGCAAGCAUGGCUUGGACUUAAGUUUAAUACAAGGACAGGUCACGACGGACUAUACAGACUGGAUACCUAUUCGCUCUCGACACCCUUUUUAUUUUAGGAAAUCGCACUGGGGGACAAAAAAAAACAAGUUUCCAUUCAUGAGGUGUGUUUGGGUGAAGCUGUUCUCAUCGUGUUCGUCUCCGAUGCCCUUGACUUCUGAAUAUUAUUCUUCAUUGGAGCGCAGGCUACUAAUAGCCCACCUGAAACCCUAACGAGGAUUUACCAGCUCUUGUACCGUUGCAGGCAACCAUCAGUGAUCUCGACAUGGCACUGAGCGGGACGCUUUUGCCAUCCAUAUCCACAUUCGCCAGCGGUGCAGCUGUCAGGAACAAACCGCCGGGAUCGCCCAGUAUACGCUGGAAAGAGGAGCUGUCCCACUUGAAGAGACCCGGUCCGCUGACAACAGGUGGGAGCAGCCACCACCCCGGCGUCCCCGACCUGGACUUUCCUCCAGGGAUGGCCAAGAAAGAGCCCGAAGACUUAGACUUGCUGGAUUACGACUUCAUACUGUCGAACACUAUGCUCCAGCAGCAACAACAGCAACAGCAGCAGCAGCAGCAGCAGCAGCAGCAGCAGCAGGAGACCAUGUCAAGUGUGUCCAGAACAAUGUCCUCCUCCCCUGGAUACGCUUCCUACCAGCUCCCCUCUCCGCAGGGCUCCGCUGGCGACCUGUUAUACAUUCCAGAUAUCACGGACGUGUCCCCCUCCGGGGGGUUCGUGGCGGAGCUGAUGAGGCCGGAGCUGGACCCUGCCUACCUGCAGCCGAGCCCAAGCCUCCAUGGCAAGUUUGUGGUCAAGACCACCAUGGACCUCGGAGACUAUAGCCAGAGCGUCAGUGUCAGUAAAGCCGGUGGUGGUGGUGGUGGCGGAGCCAUCUCGGACCCUUCUUCGCUGGCCUUCGUCACCCACCACAUCAAGCAGGAGAGCCCUAGCACCUGCACCAUCAGCCGGCCCAUAGACCUCCACUUGGGGGGCAACUCCUCCAGGCACGGGCCCAGCCAAAGAGGGCCACCGCCACCGGGAGGACUGGACUCUCCUCACGCGUUCCCCCCUCCUCCGGGAGCUCACCCCAUGGGGCCCAGGGGCUCCACCUCGUCCCUGUCCCCGGAUGAGCACCACCCCUCUUCUCAGGUCCUGGGUCGGCAGCAGCCACUGCCCCUGCCCCAGGGAUACCACUCAUCUCUGGGCUUCUCGCCGUUCCCUCAGCCCCCGUCUCUGCAGUACCAAGAGCUCAUGUCUCCAUCAGAGUGUUUACCUGAGGAGCCAAAGCCCAAGCGUGGCCGCCGCUCGUGGCCCCGGAAGAGGAUAGCCACACACACCUGUGACUAUGCCGGCUGCGGAAAAACAUACACUAAGAGCUCACAUCUCAAAGCACAUCACCGGACACAUACUGGAGAGAAGCCUUAUCACUGUGACUGGGAGGGCUGUGGUUGGAAGUUUGCUCGCUCCGACGAGCUGACGAGACACUACAGGAAGCACACGGGCCACCGGCCCUUCCAGUGUCAGAAAUGUGACCGAGCCUUCUCGCGCUCCGACCACCUUGCACUGCACAUGAAGAGACACUUAUGAUAACUUCACUGGAAAACGACAGUUUGUUCAUUUCAAACUUUUCACAAAAGACUGCAAAAUCGAAAACAAAAAAAGCAAGAAAGAAAGGCAAAAUCGCGUGACUGCCGUAUGGACUUUGCAUGCAUUGCCUUUCUGAUGCGCUCUCAUUAAAAAAAAAGAAAACGACCCGACAAGCUGUGUUCAUCCACGGCUAACAGUGGCCCAGGAAGGGGCUGGCCAGAAUAGAUGUAUUUUUUUAAAUGAUGUGUUUAUGUUGUUGUCUUCCAUUUGGCUGUUCAUACUUGGAGACCCUUUAUAUGUGUUGGGAUGGAACUGGAAUUCAACGCUUUUACAAUAUUGACAAAACUUGGAGGAGCCAGGUGCCAAAGUAUGACUGGAAUAUAUCGUGAAUAUCAGGGAUGUUGACAACCAGACAAAAUGAUGUAAAUCAGAGGCCUUUUUAUGAAAAAAAAGAAAGAGACAUUCCAUUUGUUUUUACAAAAACACACACUGUUCAUCCUACUGUCUAAUAAAUCUAUUUUUAUAUUAAUUCUGCAAAAUCAUUAAUUUCAGGUACAGACAUGUUUAGUAACUGUCAAAGGAUGGUGCUUCUUGACUGAACAGUGUUUUUUUUAUUAUUUGUAAAGGUACCAAAGAGGAAAACGGAUUUGACAAACAAAAAAAGUCAAAGUGCCAUGUAAUUGAUAAUCUGUGCAUUUCCUGGGUUUGAUGUCCUAUUUUUCACAUCUCGUCUCUAAUCAGGUUAACAGAAGGCGCCUGAAUGAUAAUGGCAACUUUAGCUGCACUGUGGCUGAAAAGUGCAAUACUUUGACAAAUAUAUGACAUGCCUAUUUUUGUAAUAAAAUUAAAUAAAACAUACAAACAAAACAAUAAUUGUAUAAAUAAAUGUUCAAUAAAUAAAUGAAUGAAUGACAUACAAUGUUAAAAAUAAGAAUAACAGCUCUGAACAAAAGUGUCAUAGGCAAAUAAUGUAAUAUAAUACUCAGUUUUGUAUAUUUGUUAAUAUUUUGUAAAGGUUUUGUAUUUUAUGUAUUCAGUCCUCUGUAAACAGGAAUAAACAUUGAGGCUUAUGGAGACAUU